AAAAUAGGAAAGCUGCCUUUUUGGCUCUCGCAGCAGCACCAUGGCGGUUGGCAAGAAGGGAGCCAAGAAGAAAGCGGUUGAUCUAUUUUCUAAGAAAGACUGGUAUGAUGUGAAGGCCCCUGCAAUGUUCAGUAACAUUGGGAAAAUGCUGGUCACCAGGACUCAAGGAACUAAAAUUGCAUCUGAUGGCCUCAAGGGUCGGGUGUUCGAAGUGAGCCUUGCUGAUCUACAGAAUGCCAAAGUUGCAUUUAGAAAAUUCAAGCUAAUUACUGAAGAUGUUCAGGGCAAAACCUGUCUGACUAACUUCCAUGGCAUGGAUCUUACCCGGGACAAGAUGUGUUUCAUGGUCAAAAAGUGGCAGACCAUGAUUGAAGCGCAUGUCGAUGUCAAGACAACCAAUGAUUAUUUGCUACAUCUGUUCUGUGUUGGUUUCACUAAAAAACGCAACAACCAGAUCCGCAAGACCUCCUAUGCACAGCAUCGGCAGGUCCGCCAGAUUCGCAAGAAAAUGAUGGAAAUCAUGACCCGAGAAGUGCAGACAAAUGACUUGAAGGAAGUGGUUAAUAAAUUGAUUCCAGACAGCAUUGGGAAAGACAUAGAAAAGGCUUGCCAGUCCAUUUAUCCUCUUCGAGUCUUCGUUAGGAAAGUAAAAAUGCUGAAGAAACCCAAGUUUGAAUUGGAAAAACUCAUGGAGCUCCAUGGUGAAGGAGGUAGUUCUAGAAAACCUACUGGUGAUGAGACAGGUACUAAAGUUGAACGAGCUGAUGGAUAUGAACCAUCAGUCCAAGAAUCUGUUUAAAAUCCAGAUUUUUAAUAGUGACAAAUAAAAAAAUCUUAUUUGUGAAAACAAUAGGAAAGCCUAAUAAUCAUAAAAUGAAUUCAUGUAGAAGGGACAUCUGAUAGAACUUUGGGAUAUGAAAGAAAUUAUCUGAAUUAGAUAAUAAUAUUUAGAUGACACCUGGCAGAUUGGAGUCGGAAUGAGGGUAGAUGCUGUAGGCGGAAUGAAUAGUGUGCGUACAGGGUUGUGAUAAGAUGAGAAUAGGUGGUAGAGAUGAAGAGUAACUCUAAAGAAAUGACUUUAUCUCAUCACAAAACUGCUGAAGCCAUGGAAGAUCUUGGGUUACACCAUGAAAGCAUUGGGAGAGUUGCCAGUGGCAUUUAAACAAAUUUUGUUUGAGAACGAAUGAUUUAUGGACACAGUUCUAAAUCACUUAUCACCCACUGUGGACUAAUCAGACAUCCACACACCUUUUCUAUGGAGGACAAGAUACUGACUAUUUGGGUCCUCAUGGUCAGUGAUGCAACUGUGAAGCUGUUGUUGCUGUGUGAACAUAGCCAUAGAUCAUAUGUGAACAAGACUGUGUUUCCAUAAGACUUUAGUCACAAACAAUGAGAUUUCAGUCUAAUCUCAUUUUCAUGUGCCAUAAAACAUCCAUCUUUGUAUGUUUUAGAACUGUUAUCCAUUUAAAAAUGACUCUGUUGAUAGACCAUACAAAAAACACAAUGUUCCAUAGAUUCUUGUUUGCUGACCCUGCUCUAAAGGACAUGGAAAUAUAAUCCAAGUAGUAAUGAUAAUAUACAUUUUAAAUAGGAAAACAACACUUACUGGACUCUAGAACAAUAUGAGAGCAUAAGAAAGGCCUUUAUUUUCUUAUUACGUGGACAUCUGAGGAGCUUAGUAUCUCUUGACCACCUGGCGAUGUAAUGUUGGCUUCAAGCAUAUACAGGCCAUCUCCAAUACACAGUAUUUUCCUUAAGCCAUGGUUUCCUGCACCUCUGUCCACUCCCCAGUCUUCUCUCAUCUAACUAACCUCUAAGGGAGAAGGCAGCUCUCUAUUUAAAAACAACCCUUAUCUUCAGAAAAAUUAUAUUUAUGUUUGAGAUUUUUGUCCCUGACCUUGACACAUCAUUUUUCCCGGGGAGGAAGUACUCCAAAAAGAAGUCGCCAUGUUUCCUGAAGACAGGGCGUGACAUUAGGAAGUAGCAUAAGCUUAUGACCAGCCACAGGUCAGUGGUUUACAGGUUUCUCAACUACAAGAUCUACCUUUGUCUUUUUAAGCCUCAGUCCAUGGUCUUGAGAUACCAUGGAUAGGCCAAUAGAAGGAACUGCUUCCAACCAAAACAAAGCCUUGAAAAAAUCCAUUUUUGAGGAGUUCAGGAAUAUGAAAAAAAUAAUCCUUGCGAUGAAGAGUCAAGUGAUAUUACUGCCUUAACAACACCCUCUUUAGCUUUACAGAAACAACAUUAUCUAUUGACUACUAACAAAACUUAUAAGUUCUAUUUACCACUUACAAAAAAUACUGUGAUCUAUUCUGUGUCUAGAAUUACAUAUGUAUGCUUUCAUAUCCUCCACGUGUACUAUACUAAUUGUCAUCCAUGUAUAACAACAAAGUUUCAAGCAUGUUAUACAUAAUGAAGAUAAUAUUUAGCAUUCUGAUACAGUUUUAGCAUUGUUUUGGGGGCAUAAACUGAAAGGGUAACUUCUCAAGAUAUUGUAAAAUCUAGUUCAAAGGUUGGUUAAAAAAAACAAACCAGUAUCUUCAUUGUUUAUGAAUAUUUUGGUCUUCCAAAAAUCCAGCUGGGUUCCCAUAGAAACCUCACUGGUCCAGAUAUGAUGUCAUCACCCAACAAAAGCUAGAAUUCAACCACUCUAUUAAAAAUUGUUAAUACAAGUAAACAUUGAAUCAUCUAAUUAUUGGGUACACAUAGCAUUUUCCCAAGUGCAUUACUAUAAGGAGUUUGUUUUUUUUAAUCCAUUAAAUAUGAUUGGUCUAUAAUUAAAUACCAGAGCAGGGUGAGGCAUUGGCUGAAAUGGUAAAAUGAGCUCUUUAAAAAGAUGCAGCAAACACCUUCUGAAAAUAUAACUUAGUGAAAAAUUAUCUUAAUAAUGUUUUGAAAAGCUAAGCACAAUGCUUACUAAAUAAAUCACAAGUCCCCCAUCUUGGUAACAGAAGGGGUUUGAUACCCAUAAUGCUCAAAGGGUAGAAUUGAGAAGAUACACUACAAAGCAACUUUUAAUUCUUUCCAACUUUCUAUCUAAAGGUUAUUCAUUUUCUUUUAUCUUAAAAUGACAUUCAGGUCUCAUAACUUAGAUAAUAAAAAAAUCGUACUUGCACUUAUCGCCACCAAAGACUUUUUUGACAAUCUGGUUUAGAGUAAUAAUAGAUAACUUCAGUCUUUGACACAGGCUAAAGCUUUUGAGUUUCCUUGUAGGAGACCUGUGAAGAGAGGAGUGUGUAGUCUGAUGGGGCAGCACCUUAACAGUGUUUUCUUUCACUAUCUUCUCAAACAGUUACUCUUGUGUGCAAUGGGCGUGGGGAGGGAAAACAGCCAGAAUACUAGCUGGGAUUUCAUUUGACUGACAUUGGUUCCUUGUAAUUCUCUGCAACAUUACCAGGAGUCAAUGUCAAUCUUGUCCUUCAGUGGGCACAAGGGAUACUCUUCAUCAUACAGAUGCAGAACCUCCAGCUAAUUGCUUGUCCCUGCAACACCAAGGACAUCUGGACUUCUAAUUUCUUCCUACUGAUAUUCCAGCCCUCUGGGAAGACUUAAGUAAAUCCCAGCCUUGGGUCUGGAAAUAGGGUUCCACAGUUAAAAGCACUUGCUACUCUAGCAGAGGA